AUGUCGUCCCGACGUGGCAGAGCAAGUGCGAGCUCUUCGGAGACAAGUGCCAAACAUCGAGUGCCUACAUUUGGUGUAAUGUGGACCAUCAUGCGAUCGAUCGGCGAUCUGUCUCUACCGGUGUUCUUCCGCUCGCUGCACAUCUCUGGUUUGCACCACGUCCCGCCUACCAAUACACCGCUGAUCGUAUGUAGCAAUCACCCGAAUACGAUCCUCGACGUAGCCAUGCUCGCGUCGCACAUGCGCGAACGCCGACCUCUCCACUUUUGGGCGAAAAGCGACUUCUUCCACAACCGCCUCCUCGGCUUCAUCCUCACCUCCUCCGGCAACAUCAGCGUCGACCGCAAAAACAAGUCGAACCAAUCGCUCUUCCACGCCACGUUCCAAGCGAUGAAAGCCGGCGGCGCCAUUGCGCUAUUCCCCGAAGGAGGCAGUUACACGAUCCCCAAACUCGCCAGUCUCAAGAUGGGAGCCGCUUGGGCAGCGUUAGAGUAUUCAAGGUAUUUGCAACUUGCGCAGCAGGGCGAGCGCGUGCAAACAGGCGUCAGCAUCUUGCCUACAGCGGUGGUGUAUGACGAUAAAUCCGUGUUCCGCUCUCGAGCAAUGCUCAAAUUCGGCAAACCGCUAUCGCUGGAUGGAUACAUCGACGAGUUUCUAUCGUUGCCCUCGACGGUCGAGGCAGAGGUGCAAGGAUGCAAUAGUGCAACGAGUAAAGUGCGGACGCAAGCUGGACAAGAGCCAAGCGCUUUAGAUACUGCCGAGAACGCGGUGCGUUCCAGUAAGACGCAACCAUGUUCGUGCGAUGGAUAUGCAAGUCGCGCGGAUCGUGCAGUGGCGCGCCUCACUGCAGACCUACAAACCGCCAUGGAGGAGCUGACAUUCAACGCGCCCGAUUGGGAGACGUUCCAAGCCGUGCGUGUUGCACGUGAGCUCAUCUUCGAGCUGCACGAUGCGCAAGCUGUAAGCGAGCGCAUGCACCAAUAUGUCGAGCUCUCGCGAGCGCUCAUGACGCUGCUGACGCUCGAGCGUAGCAGCCGCCCGUACAAUGUGAAGCGCCAAAGCACGCAAACGCGGCGUGCACUCUUCACGUAUUCGUCGAUUCUGCAUCUCGCCCAUGUGGACAACCUCACACUUGCACGCACCGUCACUGAGCCGCGCCGCUUGAGCGCUCCAUUGACACGCUUUCUGCUGCGACUGCCGGUCUACAUUCCGAUUUUUGCACUGACGCUCAUCCCGACCUACGUCUUACCUGGUCGUGUGGCGCACUAUUUCGCAGCUCGUGAACAAGAGUCGUUGUCGAGCGUCAAGACGUUGGUCGGGUUUUUGUUCACGUCCUUGUUGUACUCGACGUUGGCGCUCAAGACGCUAUCGUGGAUCAGAUGGAGUCCUCCUGCAUUGCUCGUGGCAGUGGCGGGCGUUUGGUGGUUACACGAUCUGAAUCGCACGUUUGUAGACGAGGCGUAUGCAUUGGUCAAGCAGCUGAGCUUGGCUUGGAGGAUGUACGCGGCCAAUGUGCCAGCUAGCCCUGCCACUCUUAUUGCAGACGCGCAUGUCGGCAAGCAGAAGCACAACGUAGAGCCGCAAGCCGAAGCUCUGUUUUUCUACGGCACCUUGGUGCAUCCCAACAUCCUCGCGCGGGUGAUCGGCAACGAUGGGGCGCACCUGACUGUUCAGAACGCCGUGCUGGAUGGUGCCAAGCUAUUUCACGUCAAAGGUGCCGACUACCCUGGUCUGUUGCACGUCGCUUCGUCACCGGCCUCGAUCAAUGCCGUCAAAGGCACGCUUGUCACUGGACUCACGCGCGCCGAUCUGCGCUGUCUCGAUGCGUUUGAGGGCGAUGAAUACGUGCGUACUCGCGUCGACGUCAUACCUGACCCGGCAGCGCGCGCCGAAUCCAACGCUGAGCGCAUCGCAAAUGCGGCCAGUGCACCACUCGACGCUAUCCUCUGCGGCUUGGACAACGCUCGAAUCGGCUCGCUCUGCGUUUCGACGCACAAACGAGUGCAGGCGCAAGUGUAUACAUGGAUCGCAGGUCGUGAUAAACUGCACGACCACGUCUGGCAGUUUGACGUGUUUGCGCAAAUCCACGCUGCCAACUGGCUUGGCCAAGCAGACGUGAAGCAGCAAGACGAGUAUGACAUGGUCGACCGCGUCCGUUUCGGGUCCGACGAUUCCUCCACUUGCACCGCCGCGGUCAAUUCGGACGCCGAUCCGCGUUUCGAGCAAGACGUGCACGCGUGGAUAGCCAGACACGCAUCAACACUCGUGGAAGAUGGUAGGAUUCAAAGCGCCGUGGUGGAGGUGUGCAAGAUGCUGGCCGACCAACCGAGCAUUCAAUUUUUCGUGGAUUUGGCGUUUACCAAGCAAACCGCGGUCAGCAGGCCGAAAUGA